AGGACGUGCGUACACAGCUGCACCGCUCACCGCGCGAACGUAUGGGAUAUGUGCGUAUUUACGUAAAACGGUGAUAACACGAUUAAUGUUAUCGCGUAAAAAAGACUCUUUUGUAACCUCUAAAUAUUCUGGCAUUAUCUAAACCUUACAUCACCUCUUGGUUUCGCAUUUUCUCAUGCUUAUAUAUUUAAAUAUUUAUAUAAUAAUAUAUAUAAUUUAAUGAAUAUAAUACAGAAAGGGUGAAACAAAAGUGAAAUAUUUGUCUUCAAAUCAUCAUAUAUAUCUGAGGUUAGAGGAAUAAAAAUGGGGAACACAUCCUCGCAUCACAGAGUAGGCGGAAACAGUGGCGUGUCAUCAAGUACUGAGAAAGUUCCACGCGGUGAUACAAUAUCAUCAGGUAACGAGCAGGCAAAAGGUGACGAUACAAAGGAUAUGACGGAGGCGGGAACUAAACUGGUGAAUAAUCAUCAAAAUCGCCUGCAGCAUCGGAAGCGUAGUAGUUUUAUAGGGGGGAGUGAGAAGGAGGUUGAGGUCCCUCUGGUACGUCCGGAGUCACUCACAGAGCGUCAGAAGGAACUCCUCAAGGACACGUGGAAGAUACUGGAAGGCAGCAUUGCCAAGGUCGGCGUCAUCACAUUCAUAAGUCUGUUCGAAACUCAUCCCGACGUCCAGCAAGUUUUCAUGCCAUUCAAUGGAAUUGAACUGGAAGAUUUGAAACACAGCAAACAGCUGAGAGCGCAUGCGCUGAGGGUAAUGGCAUUCGUGCAGAAAGCUGUGGCCAGACUUCACGAACCUGAGAAAUUGGAAGCGCUGCUGCAGGAACUCGGCAAAAAGCACUACACGUACGGGGCCAAACAGAAAUACGUAGACCUGAUCGGGCCCCAGUUCAUACAAGCCAUCCAGCCAUCGCUGGAGGACCGUUGGACAGAUGAACUGCAUGAAGCCUGGGUACACCUCUUCAAGUACAUGGCUUACGUCAUGAAGACUUCCAUGAGUGAAGAAGAACAGCGGGUUAAUGCGCAACAAUGAGGCUUGUGGAUGAAGAAGUUACGAAGGUCCAUUUCGAAACGGAAACCCUCGUUACAGGACAUUGGCCAAAGCUCUCACAGUGAAGAUCCUUUGGAGUGAACGCGGACAAACAGAGAGACAGACAAUGCAAACUCCACAAUGCAGGAAAUAAUGCGUUUUCCUUGGUCUUGACGAAAUCACGUGGGUUCGAAGCAAUUCUUACCGUCACUACACAUUUCUCUAAUGCACAUUUAAGUAUGAAGAGCAGGGAUAAUUCAUUCGGUAUAGCGACAGGAUAAGGGUGGACGACUGGGGUUCAAACCCGGGUAGAGUCCAGACCGGCACUGGGGUCCACACAGCCUCUCAAGCCCUCUAUCCCCAGGGGUAAAAGUGGCGUGACAUGAAGGUAACAAUUCACCUCCAACUCUUGUGGGGAUACGUGAUAUAAUUUUAUGGCGUAGUGCUUAAUUAGAAAGCACAGGAACAAGUUUUCAGUAUAGCAUCCAGCUACGGGUUGGACGGCCAAGAGGUCAGAUGUCGAGUCCCGGUAGGGACUUAGAAUUUUCACUUCUCCAUGUCCACCCAACUCCCUAUCCCAUUCUUUCGACGUUAUAUAGCCUGGUCACUGACAGCACCGUAAAAUAAUGGGGAAAAAAAUAAAACCAACUCCGUGGCCUGUAGUCCGCAAGCGAAC